AUGGUCAGUCCUGGGACCUUUCUUCUCUCUCCACAUGUCAUACGAGGUCUCCAAACCGUGGCCGAUUUACAUGCCAAUGGCGAUGUCCACGCGGAUCACGUUCAGAAGACCUUUCUGGAGAUCCAGGAGGCCGUCAGAAACGAGGCGAGUGUGGGCGAAUGCGGUUGGCUGGUUGGUCUCAAGUUUCGUGGUCAUUUCAUCAGGUUGUGCCGCUUACACAUUGGAACAGGAAAUGUUUACCACCUAUAUAGAAAGCGUACCGUGGUCGGAAUAACGGCACAAAUGUUUGCACAGCUGAAUGGCAUCAACGUCAUCUCGUUUUACCUGCCAAGCUCGUUGUCCGCGGCCGGUUUUCAGUGA